CGAGCGUACGUGCGCGCACCCUUCUAUCGCGUGGUGCUGAUCAUCCAUAUUGCUGCUAGUGGUGAAGUUUAGCUUGUAAUUUAAAAGAGGCUCUCGGGCGCUUUUUAAAUGUUUUAAUUCAACACAAACCACUCUGCGUCUUAGACUGAAUGCUAUUUAGUCUAGGGGUGGAGUGGAGAAACUAGUUCAUUCGAGGAAUACUUUACAUUUUAUUUUUUGAGUAGUAGGCGAAUUUGGUGGUAUCGUGAGGAAAAGGAGAAAUGGCUACUCAGGUAGAGGCUCUCCUACCCAACAAUCCUCUUAUUAAACCAGAGGAGAAUGGGCAUGCGAGCAAGAUGAUACAGCAUGGAGAGGACUGUCCUCAAAAGGGCGUGAAGCAGACAUGUGUUGCCGACGAGGGUAGCAAUAUGAAAACAAACAACUCGGAACAGUGUGGGAUUGCAACGAAGGAGCUACGCUCUAAACAGGCAAAAGAAGAGAGUAACAAUCAAGAGAAAGAAAUCCUGGAUCAAGAGAAACACACGAUUGAUCAAACGGAAGACUGUGUGAAAUGCAGUAAAAAUGAGUUUGCUGAAGCACCCCCGCCCAAGGUGAACCCAUGGACUAAGAAAAAGAAUGCGGUGACCGUGGUCAGCCAGAAUGGACAAUCACAUCAUGAGCCGCCACCCACAACAGGCCCAGCCAAGGUGGUGAAGGCCCCAAACCCCCGGCCUCGGAGAGGAGAAAGGGUUGGAGAUUUUGGUGAUGCUAUGAAGUGGCCAACCCCAGGGGAGAUUGCAACUAAAGAAACACAGAUGGAGGUUGUGAAUCGGACUGUGUCCUGCCCCAUGCCCGUCAGGCAGGUCAGAGAAGUGGGCUCCACACGGAGAUCCCCAGCCCCCAAGAAGCCUGUGGUGAAGAAAGAGUUGAAGGAGAAGCGCGACACCAACGACGAGAGCAAGGAGAACCAGAAUGCGAAGUCGGACGACUCUGGAGAGGAGAAGAACGGCGACGAGGACUCUCAGAAGAACAGCGACGAAGACUCUCAGAAGAACGGACAGAAGAAGAAAGGAAACAAGCAUAAGUGGGUGCCGCUGAUGAUCGAGGUGAAGUCUGAGGGGCCCAGAGAGCGCUCAGCCUCAAGGAACAACACCCGUCAGAACGAGGUGCCCAGGGUGCCCCCCAACAGGAAGAACGACCUCAGAGACUGGUACAGAGGGAAGUCCGAGCGUGAAUGGAGUAACGACCAUGAGGUGUCCAGUGUGAGGAGCGAGGGUGCUCCCUCCCGUGCCGGGUUCCGGGGUCGUGGCAGGGGCCGGGGACGAGGCAGAGGCUCCAGAGGUCACUCUGACUACCAUUAUGGCUACAAGGCCUCCAACGGGAAGGACGGCGCCUACGGACAGAAGUUUGGUGCUCCAGUGACCUAUUACUACGACAACAUGAGCAGCAAUGACCUGUACACAGUGGACCAGGGGCUGCUCAAGGACUAUGUCAAAAGGCAGAUUGAGUACUACUUCAGCCUUGACAACCUGGAGCGGGAUUUCUUCCUGCGCAGGAAGAUGGACCUGGAAGGCUUCCUGUCACUUGGCCUGAUUGCCAGCUUCCACAGGGUGCAGGCCCUCACCACUGACGUCACCCUCAUUAUAGAGUCUUUGAAGGACAGCAAAGAGGUGGAAAUCAUUGACAUGAAGAUCCGUCGGAAGGUGGAGCCUGAGAAGUGGCCACUUCCUGGUCUGUCCAUGGGACCGGACCACAACCAGGUGGACCUGACCCAGCUCAUCCACUGCCCCGAGUUCGUGCCCCGGCAGAUGCCCACUAAGCAGACAGGGUCUCCCCGGUCCUCCACGCCGACCAGGGGCAUGACCAGGGCCUCCAUGCAGCCCAAGGUGGAGCAGGACGUGUCCAACCUGAAGAGCAUGCCCAAGGGACUGUCGGCCAGCCUGCCCGACCUCGACUCUGAGUCCUGGAUCGAGGUGAAGAAGAGACCCAAGCCGUCCCCGGCCAGAACCAAGACCCCUUCGUUGCAGCAGAACGAAGACGCUCUCUCCCCGGUGCCCAAGGCAGGCCUCAGCCUGGUCCCCUCCGCCGCCUCAGCCAAGGAGGAGCAGGACGAGCCCGAGGAGCUGGACUUUAUGUUUGACGAGGAGAUGGAGCAGAUGGAUGGCCGCAGGAACACAUUUACCGACUGGUCCGACGAGGACUCGGACUGCGAGAUCGCCGACAACGACGUCAACAAGAUCCUCAUUGUGACACAGACGCCGCCCUAUCUGCGCAAGCACCCAGGGGGUGACCGCACGGGCCACCACACGUCGCGCUCCAAGCUGACCAAUGAGCUGGUGAAGGUGAUCAACGACGGCCUGUACUACUACGAAGCGGGCCUGUGGGAUGACAACUACGAACCCGAGUACGCCACCAUCAAGCAAGAGGUGGAGAACUUCAAAAAGGUUCACCUGAUCAGCCGAGAGGAGUUUGACUGCCUGACCCCAGAACCCCCCGUCGACCCCAACCAGGAGGUGCCCCCUGGACCCCCCAAGCCCCAGCAGAUUCCCGUAGACGCCUUGGCGAACAAACUGUUCGGUGCCCCUGAGCCUUCCACAAUAGCACGCUCCCUCCCGACUACUGUACCUGACUCGCCCAACUACCGCAGUGCCCGGACACCCCGCACGCCUCGCACCCCGCACCGGAAGGACCCCGCCAUGACGCCCCGUUUCUACCCUGUUGUGAAGGAGAGCUGGCCCGUCGACGCCAAGACCCCCAGGAAAAGGAAGACCAGGCACAGCUCCAACCCCCCCAUGGAGUGCCACGUUGGCUGGGUGAUGGACUCGCGGGAGCACCGAUCUCGCACCGCCUCCGUCAGCUCCAAUGCCAGCCCCUCAGAGGGUACACCUGCGUUGGGGGGAAUUGGCUGCACCCCCCAGUCGCUCCCCAAUUUCCAGCACCCCUCCCACGAGUUGCUCAAGGAGAACGGCUUCACGCAACACGUUUAUCACAAGUACCGUCGACGCUGCCUAAACGAGCGCAAGCGGUUGGGCAUCGGCCAAUCUCAGGAGAUGAACACGCUGUUCCGUUUCUGGUCGUUCUUCCUGAGGGAUCACUUCAACAGGAAGAUGUACGAGGAGUUCAGACAGCUGGUGGUGGAGGACGGCAAGGAGGGAUACAGGUACGGUUUGGAGUGCCUGUUCAGGUACUACAGUUACGGACUGGAAAGGAAAUUCAGGCCAAACAUUUUCAAGGACUUCCAGGAGGAGACCAUGAAAGACUACGAAGCUGGCCAGCUGUAUGGACUUGAGAAGUUUUGGGCAUUUCUUAAAUACUCCAAAAACAAGAACAUGGGGAUCGACCCCAAGCUGCAGGAGUGCUUGAGCAAGUUUAAGCGUCUCGAGGAUUUCAGAAUCGAUCCCCCGAUGGAGGAGGGAGGCCGCAAGGGACACUCAUCCAGCGGAGACGGUCGCCACCGCCACCCCUCCCAGGGCCCCAGCCGCCCCCACAGCCAAAGUGGCUUCAGCCCAGCCCCGUUCGCCCAGGGCCCCACCAGGGAGGAUGCCAAAAUCAGCAGCCAGAGCCAGCGACCCGCAGCCCAGGCCUCGGCAACCGCAUCAGACGCCCAGCCACCAAAGUAACACCCCGGACAACCCUCAGCCACUUGGAUCAACUCAACGGCAUUAAAUAUUUUCUGCGCCGCAAGAAUGAGAGAAUGACUUGUGAUUUGAAUAAAUCAAGG